AUUCUAUCAACCUCAUUCUGCCUUCAAUCAACAUUCUGCAAACAACCAUCGCAGUCAUAAAUAAUUGCUACCAACCUCCCAUUGGUUUCUAUCGAAAAUAUUCAUAGGUCAGAAUAUGGACCCCGGACUCGAUAGCCAGCAAACGAGCGACGAGAGUGACGAGGUUGCAAAGACCUGUAAACUGCUCCACGCUACCAUGAAGCGAAUGAGGACGCGGGAUCGUCUUUCAGGACGAAGUCCACGGCUUGUUCGCGAAGCUGUUGACAUCUUGAAGACACCACAGACCGGCCGUGAUAACCUCGUUUAUCAGGAAUUUUUGUGCGAUGUCCUACAUAAUUGCGGACGAGGAGUCACGUUGUUAUGUGCCGCCAGCCUCGGGAAAUUCAGAGUGGUCCGGUUACAGGAGAAAGACAAGAUCGGUUUGAUCGAUCACCUCAAGGACAAUUUGAUCAAUUUUCAACAUUCUUUUCUUGAGGCGCUUGCCAAAGCGCAUGAGAUUCCCUCUGCAUAUGGUCAGUUAGAGCUGAUUUUCAUUCAUGGGAACAGACUAAGGUGCUGCAGAUUUAGCGAAAGGGGUAGGAAAACAUCAGUGUACGAAAAUCCCCUCCCCCAAAACGCCAAAAUGGCUGACCCGUUCAGACACACGGCCAUAUCGUACCGACGUACGCAACGAGGAUCUCAUAAAGUUUCUGCAAGACCAUUCGACAGAAUACCCGAUCCUGGUAAUAACCGCUGGGAAGAAUGAAAUGCCUUCAAUUGAGUUAUCGCUUGAAAUGGGUCAAAAUCUCAUCAUCCAUAUAAUGGAAAGGGAAAAGGCGCGAAUUGACCUUUCAACUCGAGCGGGGGCGAAUAUAUAGGACCGUUGGUCUUCCGUAAAGCAUACAGGAUUGACCGUUGUGUAUAUCAAUCUUAGCAAAACCAGAAGCACCAUCUCCUGUGUUUAUGCGUUGGGCUGGCUUGCCACCACCGGUUAUCUGCACGAAGCCAUUCUCGCUGCCCUUAUCGACCACAACUCCGCAAACAUCGGGCCAUUUCUCAUAUAUGAAAUUAUCUUCUCCAGUCGUUUCAUCUGGAUCCACCACAACAUCUGCCCUGUCGCGCACCUAGCCAUAAAUCAGCAAAAUUGUCGAGUGCGAGCACACUGACGCACUAGGUCUUGGGCCUUCUCUUUCAAUCUUUUCUUGUCAGUGUCCUUCCUCGUCAUGUCGAGCAAGCACAAUAUAUUCCGAGAGUACAAUCGGACUCGUGGUAGUUUGGAUAAAGGCCGAUGGGAGCUUGGUAGCUGCGCAUGUAUUUCCUUGCGGAGGCAGACCAGAAAAAGGCGCGGAUCGUAUCAUGAAUUGUGUCGCUUCGCAGGAAUCGUCGAAGGCAUUGUCCAAGAUAUAGAUGCCGAGGAGCGAAGAGCGAGGGAUUGCAAAAGCUCUGCUACGCUGUUUCCAGUAAAUUGAUUAGGCUGUUGAUGCCCGACGAGAUGUCGAGAAAGAUUACUUGGUUGCCCCUCAUGGACUCUUUUUCUGGUUGCUGGAUAUCACGUGUCAGUAUUUGCACGUGGCGGAAAUGAGCCCCUCACAAAAUCCAAGCCCAAACUGUCAAUUUUCUGC